CGCCGCGCUCGUCUUCACCGACCCCAUCUGUCACGUUAGCUAGCGAGCUAUUUUGAUGCGGCUAGUUGGCUAAUAUUAGCUAAUAAAAGAAAUUAGCUGAGUCUGGGCGAGGCACAGAGCCGACCUUGUUACCGCAAGUCUACCGAGAUGGUGCUAACACAACAGCAUGCUUCUCUUGUGAAUCGACAUGAGGGCUAAUUUGUGGUCAUUUAUGAAUUAUCUAAUUAGCUAGUGUUAACAUAUGAGACGGCAGGCUGGCUAAUUUCCUCGGCUAUUAGCUUAGUAGCUAGAAGCCGGGGAGCUGGUCGGCUAAUUGACCCAGUUUGAUGGGGCAGAGGCCAUGUUGGCAUUCCUCUCGACUGAGUUUUGUUUACAUUACAACUUUUUGGCAUGCUACUCCCAGAGCACGCUAUUUUACACACAGUUCAACACGCUGAGCAAAUAUCCACUCGUUCUGUUGUGUAUUUGUAGCUGUGUAGCUCACUACUAACUUACUAAGCCUUUGAAAAGUGUUUUCUUGCUAUGCAAAUGUUAGCACUGUAGCUACAGUACAUGCUAACCUGUUGACUCCACCAGGAUACAAGGUGGGAUAGAAGUCUGUCAUGUGACAUAAAAAAAAAAACUAGCCUAAGUUGUUUUAAGCGACCUACAUUGUUUGCAGGUUUAUUUUUGAGACACAUGGAGAAGUAGCUGUGGAAAAACUAACCUACUUUACUAUAAGGAGUGUUUGCAACAGUAGUCAUUACCACCUAAAUGUCAUCUCACAGUAAUUUAAUUAUUUCCAAGGUAAAAAUUAGGGAGCUUGGUCUUAUGUCAAAUUGGAUCUAACAGUUUAGAUGCAGUAUAUUGAAAAUGCAGCCUAGAAAAUCAGUGCAACAGCACCCAAUAAACUUUGUUUUUGAUGUCAAAUUCAAUCCUCCCCACCAUUGAUAACACCAACGUUGCACACAUUUGGAGAGAUGUUCUACCUUUCUUCAGAAAGCCUGUUUUUCUUUAGCUGCUCUUUGCUUGAGGUGUUGAUUUGUUGUCUUUUUAAAACACCCCAAAGGUGUUCUAUUGGAUUCAAGUGAGGAGACACUCUUGGCCAGGUCAUGGUUUUCGCUUUGUUUCCUCUUCAGACACUCUUGUGUGAUUUUGGCAGUGUGUUUUGGAUCGUUAUCGUGCUGGAAUACUCUUCUUCUGCCAAGCUACUGCAGGGUUGUGGAGAUGGAAUCCCUGAUGAGUGCGGUGGCUCCGCGCUCCCCGGCCCCCGCCAAGAAGCUGUCGGAGGUGGACUUCCGGUCAGGGGCCACCCUGGAGCAGCUGUCGGCACAGGUGUCCGAGCUGGUCGUCCUGGAGCAGGGCGAAUUUGGAGACCAGACCGCCUUAGAGGUCCACACUGCCAAGGACUUCAUUUUCAAUAUGCUCGGCUUGGUCCAGAAGGUGGACCAGCGCCUCCCAGUGGCCAACGAGUACCUGCUGCUAUCAGGCGGGGCCCGAGAGGGCGUCCUGGACCUCAACCCGGAGGACCUGGGGGACUACGCCAAAGGGGCCGACUUUGACCUGGACUUCACCCUGCUGGUGCCGGCGCUGAAGCUCCACGACCGCAACCAGCCGGUCACCCUGGAUAUGAGGCACUCACCGCCCUGUCACUCAUGGCUCAGCCUUCGCCUCUGCGACUCCAACAUCCUGUCCCGCUGGAGCAUCUGCUGCCAGGAGGAGAACGGCCUUCCCGCUGAGGAAGACGAGGAGGAAGAGGGGGAAAUGGGUAAAGCCUCCAUCCCCACCCUGAACUCCCCCCAGUCUCUGGACGGGUGCUACUUCUCUCCCUCCCUGGUGACGGACUGGUUCUGGGGGGUUGUUAGCGAGGCCGUGGAGGAGCUGAGACGCAGCCCCCAGAGAGGCAUCCCCACCCCUGAGCGGCUGGAGAGGAACGGACCCCUCACCACCAUCAUCCUUCAGGCUGGCUCUAGCCGGGUGCUGUACGACCUGCUGCCUGUGGUGUCGUUUCGGGGCUGGCCUGCUGUGGCCCAAGGCUGGCUGACUGCCAACCACUUCUGGGAUGGUAAAAUCACAGAGGAGGAGGCCAUAUCUGGCUUCUAUCUGCUGCCCUGCUGCUCUCCGCUGGGUGGUCGGCCAGACAGAGAAUGGAGGCUGGCGUUCUCUCGCAGCGAGGUUCAGCUGAAGAAGUGCAUCCCCUUCCCCAUGGCUCAGGCUUUCCAAGCAGCCAAGGCGGUUCUGUCUCGCAUCCUGGCUCGUCCCCGUACCGGCCUCAGCCUCUACCACCUGCGUACGCUUCUCUUCUGGGCCUGCGACCGCCUCCCUGCCGCCUACCUGUCCUGCCCCGACGCCGACACCCCCGGCCGCCUCCUCCUGGGUCUCCUGGAUGACCUAGCCCAUUGCAUCUUGGGUAAAAACUGUCCAAAUUACUUCCUUCCCCAGUGCAACAUGUUGGAGCACCUGACCGACAGCCAGGCGCUGCUGGUCGCCAGGAAGCUGGCCCACGUGCGCUCUGAUCCCAGCGAGCACCUCCGGGCGGCUCUGGACCAGGCGCAGCAGGCGGGCCAGCUGAAGAAGGAGCUGACGGCUGGCACUAACGGCCACAGCUCCCCCGGGCAUCACCCAGCCAACGGCAUCAUCUCGCCUUCGGAGGACAAGCUGGCGCAGCGGCUGCAGCAGCUGGUCACAGAGAACCCUGGGAAAUCCAUAUCCGUCUUCCUGAACCCCGACGAUGUCACCAGGCCGCACUUCCGCAUCGACGACAAGUUUUACUGACGCGCUGCAGAGACGAUGCGGAAAUGCGUUUUCGGCCGACAAGCACACUCUGAAAAUGUUCUGAGACGUCACAUCAGAGCAUAGGGACACUAAGAAUCAGGCGGGUGUUUUCCUGAAACUGCACACACUCCUCUUGUUGACCAUCCUGAGGCUGAACGAGAACAAUGCAAUGAAGCCUUGCUGCUCAACCGACUCUCCAAACCAAAAAAAAACACCACGCGUUUCCUACUACUGACAAACGACGUCCAGUUUGUCGGACAUCGCGUAACAGACAUGAUGUCACCAAGCUGUUGCCACGGAGACGGCCCUCUCCUUACGAGCUGGCCUUAACGAGACUCAUCAGCUGGUGCUACAAGGGCCGGCUUUAGUCAUGUAAAAUAUGUCACAGAGAGCGUGUGUGUGCGUGUGUGUAUAUUCGCCUAAGGGUUUCACACAUUACUUACACUUCUAAAGACAGUGGGAGAAAAGCUCCUUGAUUGCUGCAUUUCUCCCCUCUUUAUUUCAGAUCAGAGUGGGCGAUGGCUGAAUUAGAAAGGAAAAACUAGGUGUGGCUGAUGUAACUGAAUGUAAUGUUGUGAGGAGAACUGCCGAGUCUUUGAACAAAGAAUCUCUUUUCUCUUUCAACUACAUUUUAGUCCCCCCUCCUUUUUUUUUUUUCACACUCGCGCCUCGAUUUAUGGCGUCUUUUUCUCUUCUAUUUUUUUAAUCUUUCUCAGGUACGCACAACCUCUUCUGAUGUAUAUGAUUCCCUUUUAAAGUCUUUAACGACAUUUCCCGUCGCUUACGUUUCAUGGGGUAUCGGAAUGUACCAAAGAGCUGCGUCGGGGCAGGUUUGCAAAGAGAAAAAAAUCAAUUUUGCGCAUCCCUCUGCAUCUAAUUUUCAACCAACUUUAUGGAUCUACUACUGAGUCACGAUGACAUUGUUAAUUUACCUUUUUUUUCUUUAAAGGUCUCGGUCACACCAGCAUGCAAAGUGGAUGCAUUUAGCUGCAAAAUCCAACUGAAUCAAGGUAAUAAAUGGAUUUUAGCUUGAGGUGAAAUAAAUAGUGCAAAGCAUAUGUCAACUUUGUGAACUUUGAGAAGCUUUUGUAGCUCAAAAGCCGUGUUGCACCGUUUGAUUUCACCCUCAGUUGGAGUGAAAACUGCACUUAUGAUUUAGGAGUCUUUGGCUAGCUGUUCUCAACAUUUACCAUCUGAGAUUCAAAUGUUUGAUUUAACAUUUUGAUAACCAGAAUUUUUAUUCAAGAUAUUUAUAAGGAUAUUCUGACAGGUCAAAAUGACGACAUCUCAGAUAUCAUUAUGGCUACUCUGAAUUGUUUCUGUUAGAAACAGAAAGCAUUUGAACAGUGUUAGGGGAAGCAAUAGGUCUGAGUUUUGAACAGACAGAUUUCCAGUUUGAGAUAUCUGCAUCAUUGUGACGAGCUUAAACUUAAUUUAAGAAAUCCUGAUAAGGAAAAUGUAGAUAUUUUGAAUUUCAGAGAAUUAAAGAUAUCUUUAGGUAGCAUUUUGAUGAGUCAGAAUUAAAUUGUACAUAUCUUAAACAGUCAGAUUUCAGUAGCAGGUAUCUGUAAUGUGAACUGUAGAUAUCUGCAUCAGAACUGGUUUUAAUAACAAACCCUGUACACACAAGUGAUGUCAUUUUUCCAAGGAAGAAUGACCAUGAAAGUAUCUGGAAUGCUUUGAGGAGGACUUCAGUCAUAUCUGCAGUAUGUAUACACAUAUAUACAUCCAGUCUAGCUAUUAAAAGUUAAAACUGCUUGCCGUAGGAAUCGGUAGCUAAAAUAUUGAACAAACCGUGACCUUCUUAACUUCUUGGCAACCAACCCGUAGUGUGUGCCCAGAGCUGCAACAAUUAGUCGAUUCAUUCAUUUGUUUAAUCAGAAAACUAAGUAUCGACUGUAUUUCAUAAGCAACGGAAUGCUUCAAACCCUUUUCAAACUAAAACUCAUAUUCUAUUGUUGUGUUUUCUCAAAAUACAAAUGAACACAACUUUCUGGGUUUUAAGCAGCUGGUUGCAUAAAACAACUUGAAGAUGUCCCUUCAGGCUCUGAUUUUUCACCUUUAUAAAGAAAAUACUGCAUUUUAAACGAAUAAAUGACUAUUAAACUUUCCCCGUUGAUUAAUUCCAAUAAGUCAAUAACUUUCUGUAUUAGAACUUUUCUAAAAAGAAAUGUUUAACUACUCAAAUAAAGUCUUGUAUAUCUAAAAAACAGCUUUCUGCAACAGAAAUCUGAACUUUGGAUGAAGCCGGCUUCAAAAUUUGAUUUUAUUGACAUGUAUGAGUCAAAGAUUUUUCCAGAUGGGAUGUAGGACGUCUGUUUAUCACUCCACGAAUCAGAAAAUACCAUCAGCAGACGAAAAAGCUCAAUUUUUUUGACAUCUUUUUAGGAAUGAAAUGUUCUGUAAGUCAGGCUGUGAUUGAUAUAUGAACAAACCCCCUCAGCAAAAACCUUCAAAACAGUGACAGGAGAGAAAGUGGAAAGUUUAUAAGUACUACUAAAGUGGAGGUUUCUGUUUCAGAGCAGGAGAAAAGCUCAUUGUGAGAAAGGUCUUUUAAAAUACGCAUUCAAAUUGAAAUUUUCAGUCAGAAACAGACAAAGGGAAGUUAUUGGUGUUUUUUUUGACUCAUCUGAAAGAACUUAUUAAUUGUAGAAAAUCUCAAAACUGGAAAACGAAUUAAGAAAAGAUUUUUCACCUGCAGUGUCUCACCUUAAAGACAGAAUGAUUAACUGAUUGGUUAGUUGCAGUCCUAUCUGAACAUCUCUUAUGUAGACAUGGUUUUAUUUUCCACUUUGCGGUGUGACCGAGCCUUAAUGUUAGAAAGAGGCACGAGGAGGGUUAAAGAAUUAAAUCGGUUAAUAUUAAGAGGAAAUAAUGGUUUUCUGCUAUAUUGUUGGUGUUGUUACAGCCACUGAGAAACCUUUUUUUGAUUUACGUUCAACCUACCUGAGCAGACAUUUUGCUCCCUGAUGUUUGGAGUGUUAGGAUAGAAAACCAGUGUAUGGAGUUACGUACGUGGCGUAUCAGCUGCUCUAAGAGGUGUGGACUGAACUACAAAGCUGUACUCGGUAGCUCUAGUGCUACAAAACGACCCACAAAGCUCCGAGUACGUCUCCCUGCUUUGUUGCACAUCGUCCAAGCACGUUUAUUCACUUUCAGUUGGAGAAACUUACAGUUUAUCGUCUCUCGUUCGAUUUGUUUUUUUGCAGCUUCUGACUUGACUGAUUCCGAUAAUUGUCCCCUGCCUCCUCUGCUUGGCUGGUCUUUUUUAAUGAGCUUCAUGUGCUUGUAUAUGCGCAGCAGGAUGCACCUCCACACACAGAUGCUGUCCAUUGAAUUACGCCCUCAGCGGGUUUAUCGACAGGGGGACGCAGGGUUAGAGGGAGGAUGGAUGGAGGUAGACGAACACUCCUCUCAUUCUUUGAUUUCAGAAGAUUUUUCUUUUAGUACCAGGGGCUCCAGAGCCAGAAAAAGCUCUCGGAUCUCGGUACAUUGUGUUUACACUGCUGAUUUGAUUACGAGCUGCACAGCCGGUAAAAACGCCGUCGCAGAAGCAACAAGACAAGCUGCAAUUUUCUCACUUCCAGUUACGUUAAUUUAUCGCGAGCUCCUUCUCGUUUUACUUAAAUGAAUUUGACACUAUCUGCGAACAAACUAAUUGGUAAACUUAAAUUAGUUUACCCAGUACUACAAUGCUGCUUCCAAUGUUGAGAAACAAAAGCACACGGUCAGGGUACAGGUGGAAUGUUCGGACAGGUGUGUGAGCGCUUCGGGGUCUUGUGUUUUCAUAUCCGGGUCUACAGAUAUCAUGUGCUUACUACUGAAUGAGUUUUUUUACAGCGUCUGUCUGCCUUGCGUGCGUGUGUGUGUUUGUGUGUGUGAAGACUGAGGUAAACCAAAGUGUGUUGUUGAGGCGGUACAGAAUGUCUAAGCAGGGUUGCGUAUUCAGCUGCCAGGUGUAACAGGAUUGUGUGUUUUCAGCACUUUUUUUCCCACCAAAAUGGUCCCGAUUCUUGCAACCUCAAGCAAGAUUCCAUAAAGAAAAUCACAGCAUUUAUUUAUUGAAGUCUAAGAGGUACUUUCUCGUCGCCCUCUUUCAUGUUUGACUGAGUUGAAAAUGUCUCACUUUGUACCUUAACAGGCCUAGGUAGAGAUUACUAGACACCGGAAACAAUCAGUGUUUUUCCCUGAAUUGUACACAUGAAAUCUUUCAUGGAGAGUUAUCAGAUCUUGUAUUUUACGAUAGUGUCUAGAUAUGCAAUCAAGGCCCCCCCCCGUAUGGAAAAGGCCUGUCGUCUAAUUGUAAUCCAGUGUAGAUUUACUGUCGUGGUAAACGGGGGGGGGGGGGGAUUGCAUGAAGCACAGAUGACACUCCCAAACAUCAAUUCUGUGCUUUUCUGUUUGUAUUCAGUAAUUUUUUUUAAAUUUCAGUCACUUUUGAUGCUUCUGUUGUGACUAAAUAUAAUGAAUGUAUCCACCUUAUCUCUCCAAUCGUUCCCUACUUGAAAACACAGUCAAAUCUGACGUUUCACUGCUAUCUUCCCAGAUGUACUCUGCUCUGCGCCGAGAUAAACAUCUGUACUGAAUCACUCCACAGUUUUGAGAAAUUGAGUUUCAUAUCUCUUUGAUUACUUGAGUGCGAAUUACUUUCUCUCUGCGACUACAUACUUGAUUUGCUGUAUUUAUUACUGUUUAUUUUAAGGGGGUUUACACUGAUCGAUCUUCGAGCUUUAGCAUGAAAUAAAUCACUCCAUUUGAAACCCG